AAUGAACGCUGUAGUUCUGCGGGGGAUGUUGGGAGCUGUAGUCUGGUUAUCCGGUGCGUUCUGGGAGCUGCAGUCCUCAGCCGAGGAUAUGUUGGGAGCUGUAGUUCUCCAUGGGGCGGUGCACAACCCCUUUCCCCCCCCCGCCCCAUAGUCCACGGGGCUCUCCUAGUGUCAGCCCCUCCUGCUCAACCACAUCGCCCCUUCCCCCCCUACCAUGGGAUGGGAUGGGGUCGGGCUGCGGUGCCAUGGGGGGGGAACAGUCGCUGGCGAUGCCGCCGGAGAAGGGACCGCACCGCGUGGGUUGCGCGGACGUCAUGGUGGGACACACACAGCAGGGGCUUUUCUUCCGCCUCUUCUACCCCUGCGUGCCCCGGGAUGGGGCCGAGCGGCCGCUGUGGAUCCCACGCUACGAGUACUGCAGCGGACUGGCUGACUUCAGCGGCUACAGCCGGCGGUGGUGCGCUCCGCUGCUCAGCAUCGCCAUCGGCUCCUGCAGGGUCCCGCUGAGCUGGAAGGCACCUUUCAAACCCUGCAGCAAUGGGUACCCACUGAUCAUCUUCUCCCAUGGCCUGGGGGCCUUUCGCACUGUGUACUCAUCCAUCUGCAUGCAGAUGGCGUCAUGGGGCUUCGUGGUGGCUGCGCUGGAGCACAGGGACAGUUCUGCUGCCAUGACCUAUUUCUGCACAGCACAGUCCAUCCAGGAGCAGUGGAUUCCCCACCAGCGUGUGCCACGGGGCCAGAAGGAGUUUUAUUAUCGGAACAACCAGGUUCAUCACAGAGCAAAGGAGUGUGCACGAGCACUUCAGCUCUUCCGGGACAUCAGCAGUGGUAAAUCCAUCCCCAACGUCCUUCCUCAGGGCUUUAACCUCUCUGUGCUGAAGGACAGCAUUGACCUGGCUAAAGCAGCCGUCAUGGGCCAUUCAUUUGGUGGGGUCACAGCUGUGCUGGCCUUGGUGAAGGAACCCAGGUUCAGGUGGGUGGCUCUGGGAUGGGAAGGUCAUAAAGGGGCUAUGGAUACAUGUGCCCAUCCCACCAGGUGUGCUGUGGCUCUGGAUGCAUGGAUGUUCCCCCUGGAGAACGUGCUGUACCCUGAGGUGCCCAAACCUGUGCUCUUUAUUAAUAAUGAGAAGUUCCAGACCCCUGAUAGUGUGGCCAAAAUGAAGAGGCUGAGCUCCAGGAACAGCCAGACAAAGAUCAUAACCAUCCUGGGAUCUGUGCAUCAGAGCCAGACCGACUUUGCCUUUCUCACUGGGAAACUCAUCAGCCGUGUCUUCAACGCAAGGGGCACCCUGGACCCCUACAAGUGCCUGGACAUCACCAGCCAGGCAGCUCUGGCCUUCCUGCAGAGACACCUUGAUGUGAGAGAGGAGUUUGCUCGAUGGGACCGUCUCCUUGAAGGCAUCGGGGACUCCAUCAUUCCAGAAGCACCUUUCUGCCAUUCCAACCUGUAGCUUCCUGUUGGGAUCCAGCUGCUGGGAGUUCAGCUGCUCUAAAAUGUUUGGGGUCUGCCUCCAGAGGGCAGGAGGAGCCCUGGGAGAGUGAGGCCUGCAGACUGUGCUUGCAAGAUGUGGCUGUGAUGCCCACCAUGCUUCUGGGAAGCCCUCCCUGCUUGAGAGCCUGUGGUGGCUAUUGGAGACUGCAGAGCUCAGGGAAUAAAACCCCUGGGGUCACAGACCUGA